UAGGUUGGGUGAGGGGAUCCCAAGGACCCCGUGCUAAGAAUAUUAUUUGGGAAAGGGGAGAGGGGUGGUGGGUAUAUUCUAGAAUAAUGGGAACAAAGGGGGCAUAUUCAGUUGAAUAGAAGAUUAGAGAGAGGCAGAAGAAGGAAGAGUUAGUUCAAAGAAAAAGAGAGGAGACCGAAAACAAACUCCUCUUAUUUCUCAAAUUUUUUGUCAGACCAUCUCUCUAUCUAUCAAUCAAUCAAUCAUUCAAUCUCGUCUGCGUCUGGAGGAGCCCUAGCCCCAGGGGAGGAGGAUGAUGAACCAGGACGCUGAGGCAUCUUCUUCCACCACCACCUCUCAUUACUCUUCUUCUUCCUCCAUCCUCUCUAAUUACCCGCUUCUCGCAGCUCUCCUCUCCUUCAUUCUUGCUCAAACCAUCAAGGUCUUCACCUCCUGGUAUAGGGAUAGACGAUGGGAUCUCAAGCAACUUGUUGGGUCUGGUGGAAUGCCAUCGUCCCAUUCUGCAACUGUUACAGCUCUUGCUGCAGCCAUUGGGUUACAAGAAGGCUUUGGAGGAUCAAUGUUUGCAAUAUCAUUGGUCAUAGCAUGCGUUGUUAUGUAUGACGCAUUUGGUGUGAGAUUACAGGCUGGACGUCAAGCAGAGGUUCUGAAUCAAAUUGUUUAUGAGCUCCCUGCUGAGCAUCCUCUGGCUGAAAGCAUACCACUGCGGGAACUUCUUGGCCACACUCCUCCUCAGGUUAUUGCUGGUGCAGUGCUGGGACUUACCACAGCAUCUAUUGCCUAUUUGAUUGUGAUGGCUCGAAGUCGAGCUUGACGCCCAGAUAGAUCAGUAGAUAUCAUGUCUUGGGAGUGAAUUGCAUCUCGCAAAUCUGUCAUGAGAAAAAAAAAAAAAAAAAAGGUUCUUAACAUGUGAAUUUCAACCAUUUAUCAUCUAUGAUUCAGUUAGCACAUUGCAUUGAAGUGCCUUCAUUUCCAUUUGAACUUUAGUACAGGAAAGAUGAAGUUUUCUUUAGUUAUUGUAAUUUUUGAUGUAAUGAAAUUGUUUGAUACUAUUCUUGGAAAAUAAAAUUCUUUUUAUUGGCUGCACCA